GGGUUUUGGAAACACAGAAUUGCAAGUUCAGACGAUAAAUGGCUCGUUGACAUCUCUUCUUCAGUUCUUCUCGAAGCGAAUAUUGUGUCUGAUUGGUGAUUCGAAAUGGGCACGGCUUCGAAGCGAGCUAGAAAAUCAAUAGGCACUGACAGUGAAUCGGAGGACUUCAAUGAUAUGGAGGAUGAGCAGCUAAUGGUUGACGGAGAAGAGGAGGAUGAAGGGGAAGAUAUGGAUGAUGAAGAUGGUGGGGAUGAGGGAGAUGAAGAGGAGGAAGAAGAGGAAGACUCAGAUGAGGGGGACUCAGAGGCGGAUGAGGAAGAAGAAGGAGUAGAUGAAGAAGAUGAGGUAGGCUCGGAGGAGGAGGAGGAAGACGAUGAAGAAGAAGACGGCGACGAACAGAACAAUACUGUUAAUGAUGGUGAGAUGGAAGACCUUGAGAAAGAGUAUAUGGAUCUUCGUCGUCAAGAGCAAGAUAUAUUGAAGAAUCUCAACCGUCACAAGGACGAAGAUGUUGCCAAAGGUCAAGCAGUGAAGAACCAAAAGGCUCUUUGGGACAAAGCUCUUGAGUUUAGAUUCUUACUUCAGAAAUCAUUCUCAAGUUCAAAUAGAUUACCACAGGAGCCUGCUAGGUUUGCAUUUUGUGAUUCAGAUAAAGGAAUCAGUGCAGCUUAUUCUGAUCUGGUCACUGCCACCAAACAGACUUUGGAAUCUCUAUUGGAACUGCAAGAGGCUCUUCUUGAGACUAAUCCAUCUGUUAUCAAAUCCUCAGAUGAUAAUUCUGGAGGCUCCAAGGAUGCAGAUGAUGAAGAAUGGUUACGAAUUUCUCAAAUGCAUCACAGAAUAGCUCCUUUCAGAGACAAGUCAAUAGACAAAUGGCAGAGAAAAACUCAAGUGACAACUGGGGCUGCUGCCAUGAAAAACAAAUUACAUGCCUUUAAUCAGAAUGUUAGUGAACAAGUUGCUUCUUAUAUGAGGGAUCCGAGUAGAAGAAUGAAACAGAUGCAACAAAGUAGAUUGAGUGUUGGCGUCUUCGGAACUAUCCCUCAGGACACAGGCGAUGUUAAAGGAGAGGUUGCUCCUACUGGUGAUGGUGACCCUGAGCUUCUGGAUGACUCAGAGUUCUAUCAGCAGUUAUUGAAGGAAUUUUUUGAGGCAAUGGACCCAACAUCCUCAGAGGCAGCUGGUUAUGAGCUCAAGAAAAUGGGAACAAAGAAGAGAAAGGCGUAUGAUCGACGUGCCUCUAAAAGUCGCAAAAUUAGGCACGAUGUUCAUGAAAAGAUUGUGAAUUUCAUGGCACCUCGGCCGAUGAACCUUCCUGCCAUGGCCCCUAAAUUAUUUGAGAACUUGUUUGGAUUGAGGACUCAAAAACCCAAUUCCAUGGCUUAAUAUAUACUGUUCUGCGACAAGAUGCCUGAAAACCUCUCAAGUUUUGUAGUAUUAAUUUUAUUGUUCGUUUGGUGAUUUAAUCAGAGGCAUUGUUACUGAAACUAGUGGACUAUGUUCUCGUUACGCUUACAUCAUGUUCUUGAUGUCUAAUAUUGUGACA